AUGACAGGGUCGUGUACGUCGGCGUGGAGCUCGACUACGGUGCGUGUCAGUGAUAUUGCUUCUGUUUGGGAGGGUGAAAGGUGGUGCCAGCCUGCUUCGACGCUGGCUGGCCUGGGGAUCAAUCCCGUCUCCAUGCUUUCCCCCCCUCCCCUCGACAGCAAGACCAGACCUCUCGUCAUGACUCAUGCCCCUUCUCCUCGACUCCCUCCCUGGUUGCCGAGGCUCAGCUCGGACAGGUUACAGGCACGGCUUGGCACGAUGCGUGGGCGUUUUGAAGCAGCCCUCAACGCGGAGGCGCGCUUCAAUACGCGCUUCGAUGAUGCCGUCGAGUGCUUCAAUAAGGACUGGCGCACCUGCGAGGCAUUCUCACCUGUAUGCGCGACUGGCACUUGGGAAGGUGGCGAUGUAUUUUUCAGUUUCUCCAGCAGUGCCGUGCACUGA